GCUUCGGUGCGUCUCUGUCAGAUGCGUAUUGAUAAACCGUGAUACAAUGAUACUCGCAGUAAUCGCUGUGAAUUUUGAAACCCAUUCUACAUUCUUAUAUUCCAUUUAUUCCAACGAGUGAUUCUAACCCUGUAUAUGAGUCGUAUUAUUUGACUUCAAUUGCAUGGGACAUAUUAAAUCCUGAUAUUUUUGUGUCAUGAAAACGUCGAAUGAAUUUUGAAAUAUAGAUUAAGAGAAUCAGAGGAUCGUGAAAUAUUUCGUGGAAAGCUCGUGAACUUUCUGACAUUGAAUAUUAUUAAUUAACAGCUAAACUGAUAUCGGAGCGUUUUCAAAAAAAGAAUUUUCGCCGAAUCGCUAAUAUCUUGAAUUAUUAUUGCUUCGUUUGGUAAUGACGAUUUCGUAGUGCUGACUCAUCGAAUGAUGGAAUUGCUGCAGUGCUAAUUGAAUCGUGUCACGGGAUCGACGAAAUGUCCAAGAGUAAACGUGUUCUUAGUAAUUUUUAACGACUUGCUUGUGGAUGGAUUAAGUCGUUAAUUAGCGCGGGAACGUGUUAAUAAUUUAGAAACAAAUUUCGAGAACGCCAACAGUGCAAGUAAUCAUGAAUCGCGAUGCAGAACGCAGUAAGGAGGAGGAUCGGCCAUUAUUAUUUCCUGAAGACGAUUGCCAGAGGAUGGAUGGAUUUCCGGUUGCAUAUGAAACAGCCGUCACUCAUGGUGCUGUGCAUUAUUUGGGAAAGUGGCCGUCACAUUUAUUUGCCGUCUUCGUUGCUGGAUGUCUGGUAUUUGCCAUGUUUUUCAUUUUCGCCCUUAUCACUGUCAUCUUCUCCGUAUCCGUUGAUAACAGGUGCCGGAGGAUACGUAACGUUGAAAUUGAUAAUGACAGUUCUGGCAAUGUUUACUUUGUUAAGCAUGAAAACAGAACGUGGAGUGACGAAGAACUGUGCUUCAUUGAAAUUGCUGCGCGUGAGCAUCCUGACUUGAAUAUUUAUCUGAUGAAUUUAUUAAAUGAAGAACCGAAUGGGAAGAAAAUGAAGGAAUUUAUGAUAGAACUGAUUGAUGUUAAGAGGGAAAUAAGAUCAAUGUUAGAUACAGUUGACUUUUUACAAGUAAAUAAUUCAACGUUCACUGUUGGUUCUAAGUCAGAUGAAAAUAUGAGAAAGAGAUUGGCUGAUGUAUUGUUAAAUGUCAGAAAUAUUGAUGUUACUGUUGAACAUUUUUUUAAUGGAUCCAGAUUGGAUAAGAUUUAUAGACAGUUGGAUGAUCGUGGUAUUGAAUUUGCAGCAAGGACUCAUAUCCUUUGGAAUUUUCCUGGGAUUGCCUUGGAGCCUGUAUUAUAUUCGAGUCUGACACACGUUCGGCAGUUUUUGUACGAAAAUUGCAAGGACAAGUGCAAGUCUGGACAGAUUGCUACCAUAGAACCGAAUGGUGAUUUGUUAGCAACUGGAAUCACAUGUCAGGCAUUUAUAGGAGUCCUUAUGGAGGAAAUAUUAAAAAGCAGAACAUCCGUUAGACAGAACACUUUGAGAGAAGCAAUAAGUAAAUUCUGUCCAAGGACGGGUUACUGCCCAGGUGUGAGGAUCUACAAAUUUGAAAAACUAUCAUCCCUGAAUAUUCUCCACUGUCCUACUAUUUAUCCUGAGGGAAUACCAUCUGACAGCAAGCAACCUUCUAAAAAAUAUAGCACGAGCUAUUGAGUGAGAAUAUCUUCAAAAUUUACAAAGGCUGAUGUCCAUCGUAUACUAUGGAACUAAUUAUUUAACAAAACUUGUACAGAAUCAAAA